AGAGAGAAGGAGGCUGGUACAAACUACAUUCUCACAGACAUUUCAGACCUCAAACUCUAACUGUACUCUUAUCUGUCUGCUGCUGGACCGUCUGUCUCUCUGUCAGUUCAAGUGAACGAACUCUCCUUAACGUUUCUUCAUAUUCAUAUUUGUUCAUCUGUCUGUGUCUCUCUGGCUGUCUGACUCUCAGCUGAGAACGUGAAGCUGUCUCAAGCUCAGACGGACACACAGCAUCUGGAAGACAUCUGGACCUGUGACACCACCUCACAUACGAGCAUCUGCUGCCGGCUGCUGAGGAUAACUGGAAGGGGAACAAGUGCCUUGCUCCACAGCACUUCAACAACAGCUGCUGAGGAAGACGAGAGCCACUUUUACCAACUUUGUUAAGAUUUUCGAAAGCCUUCAUUCAACUUUCCCAAGAUCUGCACGACCCUGCCUCUGUAUCCUAAGACAGGUUAAUCUCAUAUCCAGAGAGUAAGUGAGACUACCAGCUGAAAAGGAAAAAAAAAAAAAAACUGUGCUGAGCUAUUAAUCGGUCAUGGCAGACUGGAGCCUACUGGGAAACUUCCUGGAGGAAGUACAGGAGCAUUCUACCUCUGUUGGCAAGGUGUGGCUGACCAUCCUGUUUAUCUUCCGUAUCCUGGUACUCGGGACGGCUGCUGAGUCGUCUUGGGGAGACGAACAGGAAGAUUUUAACUGUGACACUGUACAGCCAGGCUGCGAGAAUGUUUGUUACGACCAAGCAUUCCCUAUAGCACAUAUACGAUACUGGGUGCUCCAGAUCGUGUUUGUGUCCACUCCCAGUCUGAUCUACAUGGGCCACGCCAUGCACACUGUUCGUAGAGAGGAGAAGAGGAGGAGCAGAGAGGAAGAGGGCGAAGAGGGAGGUGGGAGAGAGGAGGACCCAGGGGGAGGUGAAGGAGGAGAGACACGGGGGAGGAAAGGAGAGAAGGAUGAAGGAAAGGACGAAAGAGAAGGACUAUCAGCAGGUCGAGUUCGUCUUAGGGGAGCACUGCUACAGACAUACAUACUGAGUAUACUGAUACGAAGCAUCAUGGAGGUGGUGUUUCUGUGUCUCCAGUACUUCUUGUAUGGAAUCUUCCUCCACCCUCUGUAUGUCUGCAAGGCCUUGCCAUGUCCACAUCCAGUGAACUGUUAUGUCUCCAGACCAACAGAGAAGAAUGUUUUCAUAGUGUUCAUGCUGGCUGUGUCGGCUGUCUCUCUGGUCCUCAGUGUGCUCGAACUGCAUCACCUGGCAUGGAGACACUGUUGCAAGAGGUUCUUCUUCACAGGGAAGGCUGUCCCUCCUGCUAACGUCCCUCUAACCCGACAGCUCUCUCUGUCUCCUCCACCACCGUCACCUCCACCUCCAGACUUCACCCAGUGUAUGAUUGGCUCAUCACACUUCCUGCCCCUGCCUUUCCCAGCCCACCGUCUGGCUAACCAACAAAACUCUGAGAACAUGGCCACUGAGAAGAACAAAAUAGCCGCCGCAGCGGAAGAGGUAAACCUCCUCCAGAUGAACUGCUACUCUUCCGAGUGGCAGGCGGUUAGUAAAAAUCUGAUCCAAGAUGGCACUAACUGCUACAACUCUGGGGCAAAGGACAUCAGCUGCCCUCACAUCCAAAAUGGUGGACCAGAUGGGCUGCUGCUUUGCCCAAAUGGAGGGCUCUGUCAAAAGGACAAACGAAGAUUCAGCAAAACCAGCGGAACAAGCAGCCGAACGAGAGCAGACGACCUCUCUGUGUAGGAGGAAAACGGAAACACAAGGAUUCAACUACUCACAUACCUGUUAAAUAAACUGACAGAUGUGUUUGAGCCUUUUAAACUGCUAAUAUGCACAUAAUACACAUAGCUUCUCAUACAAGACAGCACUAGGAAACAGAGCCUACCCAUUUAGCACUAAUUCUGCCUGCUUACAUUUCCCCACUUAAUCUUGACUGCCGUUCAAAUGAGUGAAAGUCCACUCUGGGAGACUAUUCUUUCUGACAAUAUGUUGCUCUUAAAGCUUAGGACAGACCUGACAACCAACUGAAACCUACAAACCACACGUAAAGAUUGUUUUCACCAAGGAUGGAGCACUGCGUAAAUACACUAGACAAUACGCUGAUCCACUGGUAAGUAACCGCUGGAGUUCUAGCAGUAGACAACCCUGCAAGUCUUGCAAGAACGCCAACUGUUGCGGGUCCUUGUACCACAACAAACAUGGAUGACAAGAAGCAGCUUGCACUGUUUACAUGCAGACAUCUGCACUGAAAAGACAAGAAAAAGUUCAAGAGUUUGUUUGAGAUCCUGAAUGGAGAGAUGUAGGCAAUGUGGAUCAUACAGCCUACAGAGAGAAUUGAACGAAUUACUAUUCUUCCCUCUUUGUUCAGGCUACACACAAGUGGCAUCUUUCAUUGCAAAUGUCAGUCACAAAUACCAAACAUGUUUGUAAGAAUCCUUAUGAGAACAAGUAGCAGCAACUGGAUCUGUGGAGGUGAAGACUUCAAGAUUAGAAUCUUCACAUAUCACACACUAUAUGACUUUAUCUUCCAACUGUCAACACCAACUGAUCCAGACUGGAAAAGACCUUCCCAUCAGUCACCACAUCAUAUUCAUAAUUGGCUCAUCAGCUGUAACAUGUCCCCACAUUAAUAAGCCAAGAAAUCUCCCAUCAAGCUGUUGCUGCAAGCUGAUCAAGCUGAGAUACAGAUAAAAAUUGUGCUCUGAUCACAAUGCACUGAACCUUUAGGUGCUACAGGUUGCCAGCUAAAACUAGUCAAAAUUACCAUGGAGAUAUAAACCUAUUAAAUGUUAAAGGGAGUUUCCAGACUCAUUGCUUAUCCAUAGUUCACAAGCUGAUGUAGUUAAGUAAACUUUACUAAGUGGCUGUUCUGUUAGUUCUGACUGAUUAACAUCCUUUGAAUCUACCCAGGAAAUUAAUAACUGAGCCUCACAUCUGUGGAAGUCUUUUUGACCCCUCAAGCAACCAAAGUUUUACCUGUGGACUGAGCCUAAAUCGCUGAUUUACUGACUGAAACUGAACUCGUCAGACAGCGUUUGAUUUCUUGAACAUAUUCCAGUGAAGUAACACGGCCCUAAGUGAUGCAAUUUUGUUUAACUGUGAUUGUUAUUUGCAGCAUCAGAGAAGAGUUUUGUCACAAUUUCUACUGUAAGAUGUUAAAGGCUUGUUGGAGUGCAUGUUUUAGCCCCACUGGUUAUAGGUUUCAGAUCAGUGGAUAUAAAUAUGAGGCACAUGCCAAUUACAUCUUCACACCAGUUUUUUGUUGUUGUUGUUUUCUCUUUUUGUAAACCAUUUUUUUGCUCUUUAAAGUUAUGUUCAAGCAGUUUCUUGUAUACAAAUUGUGGUGUUGUGAGACCCUAGUCAGUUUGGAAUACUAAUGAUGAAUUUCUACAGCACUGAAUUUGUAAUGUCUCAUUACAGUUAUGAAUACAUCUGGAAGCACAGUGGACAACAAUCUUCUCAGUAUGAAAUGUUUAAUUAUGUGUUUUGUUUUUAGAUUGCACUGUAGUGUAAUGGCUUCUAGACACCAGCAAAACGAAUCACAUUUGUCCAAAUAAUAUGCUACUAUCAAUGCUAUUGUAAAAUUGUUGGAUAUUUCCUACACUGUGGUUUUAUAUUUAUUAUUACACUUGAAUAAUGUGAAUGCUGUGUAUGUUUUAAAAGCUCUGCAGAUAAAAUCAUGCAAAAAUAUA